UCGAAACGCUUCCCCGCACGACCCCACUCGCGUAGUAAAGCACACGACGCUACUCCCAGCUCACACUCACACCCUACGAUACCAUACCUCGCCUGUGCUGCUGUUCGAACAUGGCCACCUCGACACUCUCGCCCUCAUCCCUCCACCCCGUGCUACGCGUCACCUUCCCUUCGGGCUUCUUCUCCGCCGGCCCUUCUUCGACAUGCGAUCCCUACCUCCUCCUCUCCCUCCCACCAGCCCUCUUCCUAGAUCCAUGGCAAGAGCCUAUCCAUCCUGUUCUACAAGCACAACUUCUCACUCAAAAUCAAAUUCAGAGUACUGAUGGCAAAGUGUCCUCAAGAGCAGCAGGGAUUCGGAUAGAGCAAGUGGACUUCCUCUCUGCUGGCUAUCCUUCGCAGGUAGAGCUAGAAAAGGCAGUGGGAUGGACAGGCGCCAGCGCUAGUAGUGGUGGAGCAGCGUACAGCGGACGUGCGGUGUGGCAGGGAAAGGACGAGCGGACUAGGUUACUUCGAAGCUCCAGCAGGGGCGAAGAAGAGGGGUCGAACUCGGCUGGCGGCAGCAAGAAGGCGGCCAAUAGAGAGAGGGAAGCAGUCCUGCUGCGUUUUUCCUCCUCUCCCUCCUCUGCAGGUUCAUCAAAGCAGAAGCUCCGACUACCCCUGCACGCUCGCUAUCUUCCCCCAGUCGACUCUUCUCAAGCAAGUCUGACAUCGCGUCUGCUGAGUCCGCAUGGUAGUGGGAAUUACAUCGAGGUAGCCAUCGAGGGGCUAGAGGUCUUCUGGGCUUGCACGGCAGGGAGCGCGCCUCAAGAGCUUGAGGAGGAGCAGGAGUGGGAGCGCCUAGCUCGCCCCUCGUCUCUUCUCCCCAUGACACAGGCGGUCAUUUGGAUAGUGGCAAUUUGGAUACUGGCUAGGGUGCGGUCGCUGUGAUGCAAGAGGUAGGGACGAACAGGCCAGGUCUGGGUAUACGAAUUCCUGAUUGUAGUUGUACGAUA